AUGUAUGUGAGUUACCUUUUGGAUAAAGAAACCAGCAUGUAUCCAGGACCUGCAAGGUGCAGCAACAACAACCUGCCAGUGCAAAACUUUGCAUCUGCUCCCCCCUACUCAGACUACAUGGGAUAUCACCAUGUGCCAGCCCUGGACAACCACGGACAGCCUGCGGGAACCUGGGGAUCCCACUAUGGCCCACAGAGGGAGGACUGGAACGCUUAUGGCCCAGGACCUUCCAGCACGGUGGCUGCUGCACAGAUCAAUGGCUCACCUCCUGGGCAGGUCUCCUACAGUUCUGCUGAUUACAGCUCCCUCCAUCCUGCUGGAUCCGGGGGGUUACCUCCUGUAGAUACAAUUAAUGCACAGCAAAUCUCUCCCAACAGCCAAAGGCACAGCUCUUAUGAAUGGAUGAGGAAAACAGUACAAUCCACUUCUACAGGUAAAACAAGAACAAGAGAGAGUACCGGAGUGGUUUACACUGAUCAUCAGAGAUUAGAAUUAGAGAAGGAAUUUCAUUACAACAGAUAUAUUACAAUCAGGAGAAGUGCUGAACUUGCUGCAAACCUAAGACUUUCCGAGAGACAGGUGAAAAUCUGGUUCCAGAAUCGCAGAGCCAAAGAAAGAAAAUUAAUGAAGAAGAAAAUGACUCAUUUUGACGGCAGCAAUCUUGGCUCUAUGCAGAGUGACUCUGGCUCAGUGAGCCCAAUGCCAGCUCCUGACCAACAGACUCGUUCAGAAAUGUCCAGUUCUUUAUUUCCACCUCCACCUCCUCCACCUCCGCUUCCAAUGAGUGGCUUGCAGCACAGCGGGAACCUGCAGCAGGUAGUGGCCUCUCAGUAA